GAAUUGCACCGAGCACGAUGAUCCUUCCAAGAGUCCUUGUUCUCUUCGUACACCUGCUUCACCAACUGUGGUGAAACUAUCAGGCUGCGCUCAGACUUGGACAUUGUGAUGAGAAGACACCCGGUUGAGGCUUUGCCUGUUCAGGAUUACUUGACAAACGUGUGGUCCCUCUUCGUCGGUGACAUCUAUUCCUUCUGGGUCAAGCGCCUGCUUACACCCUGUGGAAACUCCUAACCGGAUGAGAAUUUCUUUUGCUGAUGUCGUUCGGGGAGGACAUCCUGCGGACGAAGUGGAGAAGAAGGAAAUUGUGACUUCGGAUCAGCCCGAUACGGUUACUGAUACGGGCGAUUCCGCUUCUUUUGAGGAGGUAGUCCACAAGAGGAAGUACAGAAAGAGACAACAGAGAAGUAAGAAGAAAGCGACUGACUUACCUUCCGUCCUCAAUGAAAGACUUUCUAAAAACGCUGACCGGAUAACUAAGGAAAUGGAUGUUUCUCCAGGACCUGGUGUUUCUGAUCGGCGUCGUAUGGCUAUGCUCUAUAUUAACGAAGUGGAGAAUGGGCCCUCUAGCAUUACUUUGCUGGAAAAGGCCAAGAAAGACGUCGCUCUUAGUGACUUUGGUAUUACCAAAAUUAAUACCCGCUGUGAAAAUGGUAGAGUUUCGGUUGCAGUUUUUGGUCCGGAUUGUGUUACCAAAGUGGAUUAACUUGCUGCAAGACUUCGUUCCUUGUUUGGAGAUGUGGCACGUGUUUCAAUCCCGGUGCGUAUGGGAGAAAUGCGUGUCUCUGGUUUUGACGAUUUAGUGAUGCGCGAAGAGAUUCAGUCUCUAAUCUGCCGAUCCGGUGAAUGUCCCGCUUCUGUGGUACGUGUGGGCUUCCCGACCAGGCUUCGGUAUGGCGGCAGAAGUGUCUGGAUCCGUUGUCCGGCAUCGGUGUGUCAAAAACUCACCGACUUAGGUAGUGUUAGACUGGGGUGGUCACGUGUGAAGUUUUCUCCUUUGCGAAAUAGGCCACCUCAGUGCUUCAAGUGUUGGCACUUUGGGCCAGUGAUGCCAGAAUGGUCGCGCUUUUUAGCGCAUGAGCAGUAGAAAUGGCAGAUAUCCAGUGGCGUGUCAGUAUUGGUAUAAUGGGCGCAAGACCUGUCUGAACUCGUCGGCCGUCGUCGUGCAGGAGGAUAGAUGUUUUUUUAUAUAUUAAUAUGUAUAAUGUAGUAUAGUUAUAUGCAGACAGAAAGAUGUGUCGUUGUUAAAACGGUCUACCGCCGGUAAAAAAUUAUCAUUUAGAAUUUUCUUUAAGAAAAUUUCUUACGGGCGACUAGCGAUACACCUAUUUGUCCGUAGUAGGUACUUCAGUGAGCCUCAAAUCGACGCGCAUGCGCUAAAAAGCGCGACCAUUCUGGCAUCACUGCUUUGGGCCUUAGAAAUUUCCUUCGCUGGCUCGUUUAGAGUCAAUAGUGUACGGGGCAUUGCAUUGCCCAGAAAUAUGGACUUGUCGGCUGCGUGCGAGGCUCUGCGCAGCCUAAAUAAUAAAGCGCAGGGUUCGUUAACAUGCGCUUAUAGAUUAGUGAGCGAACUAUGUACCAAGUAGACUAUCUUUACAUAUUCAGUUCUUUUGUCGUGUGUCGUCAUGUCAUAUAAUACCUAAAAUGGGGGGGAUACCUAGCCAUUUCUCUUAACAUCAGGGGAUACACAUGUCGUUUUAAUUACAUGGCUAGUGAGUGUCUUUGUCGCAUGGACCUUCCACACCGUCGUCCUAACGAGAGUGUAUGAAGAGAGAUUGUUUACAUCUGGUUUUU